UCCUCGCUGAACAACGCAAAUUCUAGUAAAGGUAGAUUAUAUUACUGUGUUUGCUUCUACAAUUUUCUUGCAGAACCCCACUUUUCACAUUGCAUAGCACUUAAUGGCAUAUCUAGCCGGUGCUGUUAAAAUCAAUCAGUUCAUCUUCUAAAGAGGAUCUGAAGCAAGGGGUUAUCCUUCGAACAAAGAUACCCAAAGUGAUCCACUGAUCCUAAUGCGGUAGAUUGUUUGAAUCUCAAGUUUGAGAAGUUGGAUUAAUAUCUUGAACUUAGGGAAGGAUCCACAAGAUGGAUAUAAUAUCACAGCUACAGGAGCAAGUAAAUACCAUUGCAGCUCUUGCUUUCAACACCUUUGGUACCCUUCAGAGGGAUGCCCCUCCUGUUCGUCUGUCACCUAAUUAUCCGGAACCUCCUCCUGCUAAUCCUACAGAGGAUGCAACCAAUGUUGCAGAGCAGCCAAAGCAAAUGAGUGCUGCUUUUGUUAAGGCUGCCAAGCAGUUUGAUGCAUUGGUUGCUGCUCUUCCUUUAUCAGAUGGGGGUGAAGAAGCCCAAUUAAAAAGAAUUGCAGAACUCCAGGCUGAGAACGAUGCAGUUGGCCAAGAACUUCAAAAGCAACUGGAAGCUGCAGAAAAGGAGCUAAAGCAGGUUCAGGAGUUGUUUAACCAAGCAACGGAUAACUGCCUGAACCUUAAGAAGCCAGAAUGAAUUAAGCUGCUAGUACAUAUUUCAGUUUUGAUGGAACUAAUCAGACAGUAUUUGCUUAAGGAGGCCCUCUUCCUGGAAUAUGCCUUGGAGGAACAACAAAUCGUCUGUGUCGGGCUUUUAUGGGUGCAUUCACUAACUGGUCAUAUAUAAACUGGUGUGUUCUGGCAUUUCCGUUUGAAGUUCUUGAUUGCUGCAGAAAAGAAUUCAGUAUUCCAUGUGUACCUGCUGCAAAUCUUUGUUUAUUCUGAAUGGAAAGACAGGAAUGACGUGUUUUAAAACCAAAUUCAGCAGUCACUUGUCUCCUCACAACUCACAUGCGAAUCCGGAACCAAAAUGUGGUAUUUUUUGACUCAAACGUCCGAAAUGCGUGGAAAAAAAAGAUGGUGAAGAGAGUAAACUUCAACUUGAAGAGAGUAUAGCGCUGUUUAUUAAAGCGCUAUACAUAUUUUGUGGGCCCACCAAUAAUUCUUCUGGGCUUAACUGACAUAACAAUAAUUCAAAUGGGUAUAACGCCCUUAUUUAAUUGUACCCCCGGACUGGUUUUUGCCCUAUUUAAGUAGGUUAAGAAUUUUCUAAAAA